CUUUUAGUCUUAUCAGCGUUCUCGAUUGACAAUCAACGGAGCGAGUAAAAUGCCGGUUGUGAUCGCGAGAAGAGUAUGGAUACUUUUACUAAUUUUUACAAGUAUAUUAUUAGCUAUAGCAGACGACGAUGCAUACGUAAUUAGAUCGGAAAGACAACUCGCCGAUCUCAAUUUUAUGCCCACCCUGGGGAACGGUCAUUCAGGCUAUACCGUGCUGGGCGACGCGAUCUUCGUGAAUGGUGUCUAUAAUGGCGAAGGUGGAAAUAGUCGCCGUGCACGCAUUCCCAAUUGGCUCAACCUGAGUGUAGCCACUUUACAGUAUGAAGAAUGGGAACUUGCCAUCAUACCUGAUAGCUAUGAAAUGCAACUACGAGAUGGCUACUUCCGCUGGCAAUUUGCCUAUGGGGCAAAUGGAUUACAACUGCAGUUAGAACAGCGUACAUAUCCACAUCGCUACUAUAAUCGCGCAUUGAUCUAUGAACUUUUUGUGCGUUGCACCGGCGCUAUAGAUCCACUUCUGGUGAAGUUAAACCAAAAAUCAGGAAGUAGAAGCGAAGCUUUCGAUUUUUCAUCAUUAAAAAAUGCUAAUGGAAUAGUGAACUAUAAGACUUUGCAAGGUAGAACAAGGCAGGUAGAGCAGCCAGAUUUUCAGUCGGACCUAAGAACGAUUUUCGUGGUAUUUAGUGAUGAUUGGGAAAAUGAACGAACUUUUGAAGUGGCAGCAGGGCAAGAAGAAUUUUAUUACCGCUAUGUGAUUACGGUUGACGAGAAAGAAGAGGUGGCUCGGCGGGAAAUGGAAGAAGUUAUGAAACUUUCCUCCACGGAGCUGUUGGAAAAACAUACACAGGAAUGGCACAAGUUCUGGCUGGAUUUUAACAUACAGAUUAAUGGAAAUAUAGAAUUGUCACGUAUAACUAAUGCCGGUAUAUUCUAUUUGGCCAACUCUCUGCCAUCAUUGCACACAAAUCAACCGAACGGUGCUUAUUUUGGUCUCAGCCCGACCGGAUUGGGACGUGGACAGCUUGAUGCAGACUAUCAGGGGCAUAAUUUUUGGGAUACAGAAAUCUGGAUGCUACCUGUUGUGACGCAAUUCAACACCGACUGGGCUGAACAGCUUUUUCAGUACCGUUUAGAACAUUUACCAAGCGCACGCUAUAAUGCCAAUCGAACAGGCUACCGAGGUGCACGCUUUCCUUGGGAGAGCGCCUACACUGGCACUGAAGUGAUCAACGUUUGUUGUCCUGAAAUUGCUACACAAGAAAUUCACAUCUCACCGGAUAUUUUAUUUGCAUUGCAACAGCAUUACGCCUUAACGCAUUCCACUGAGUGGCUAUGUCGUGUUGCCUGGCCAAUAGCGCAGGAGAUAGCUGAGUUCCUAGUUAGUCGAGUGGUUGAUGAUGGACAGAAAUAUCAUAUAAAAGAUGUCAUGGGUCCAGAUGAAGAUCACUCGGAUGUAACUGAUAAUGUCUACACAAAUGUGGUAGUCAAGACCGCGCUAGAAUUCGCUGGCUUUGCGCGUUCCAAGUGCGUGAAGAGUGCAACUCUUCCAGACAUUUGGCUUGACAUUGCAGAGCGUAUGACUAUAUUAUACGACAAAGAACUGGAUUAUCAUCCGCAGCAUUUGGGUUACGAAAGCGAUGAGAUUGUUAAACAGGCUGAUGUAAUUUUGCUCGGUUACCCCUUACAAUAUGCAAUGUCAAAUUCGACCCGAUUAAACGAUCUUAACACCUAUGAGCGCGUCACUCGUGAGUCAGGUCCUGCCAUGUCAUGGUCGAUGUUUGCCAUAAACUUUCUGGACGUUAACGAGUUAGAAAAAGCUAGCACAUAUUUUCAAAAGGGCUACACAGAGUAUGUGCGACCGGAAUUUAAGGUUUGGAGUGAAAACCAAAUUGGCUACGAAGGCUCUGCCAACUUUCUCACCGGCAUCGGUGGCUUUUUGCAGACUGUUAUCAAUGGUUAUGGUGGCAUACGUUAUCGUUUGGAUGGACAUCAGUCAUUAAUGGCAAUCCAAAAACUGCAUUCAAUACCAACAACUGAGGGAUUUACUAUCAACGGUCUUAAAUUUGCGCGAUCGAAGUUUUCCCUAAAGAUUCAUGCAAAUAGCACAGCAACUUUAAGCUGUUUGGAAAAAGGCGAUUUAGACAUAGAACUAUCAGUCGGCUCACAAAAGUAUGUGAUAUCGGCCAGUUUUUCAAUUAACCUAGAUGACAAUGUCGCGUAUCUACGCACCGUCUAAAUAAAUAAAGGUGAAGUUGAAUUUUUUACGCACAUCCGUUUUAUUAUACAUAGACGCUCGGAGAAAAUGAAAUCAUAAAAUGGAAUUACAUACAUACAUACAUAUGGUAUUAUUACUUCGUUAUAUACUGUUAUGUGUACUGAAUUAGAUGGGUUAAAUUAAGAAUGUCCGUUUGGGCUAUUGCA